AUGAGUCAUCUAGAGCAGUUUGCAGCUGGAGGAGCCUUCAGUAUCAAAAGAGCAUAUAUGUCAUUUACUCCUCAACAUCCCAGAGCUAAUUGGAGGAAUAUGGUGUUGUCUAAAGGUGUACUCCCAAGGCAUCAAUUUAUCACCUGGUUGGCAACACAAAAUAGACUAGCCACUGUUAACAGAUUGGCUAAAUGGGGUGUGCAAGUGGUUCAGAGUUGUGUGUUGUGCACUACUCUAGAGGUGGAAACGAUGGAAAAUUUGUGUUUUGGAUGCAGAUACUCAAGAUUCAUAUGGUUGACUCUACUGACCUGGCUGGGCAUAACAAGAUCAAUAGGCUCUUGGGUAGAAGAGAUUGUAUGGCUAUCAAAGCAUGUCAACAACAAUAGACCAAGGGCAAGUGUGUUGGGGUUCAUUGUAGCUGCUACUAUAUAUCAUAUCUGGAUAGAAAGAAAUGCAAGGAGGUUCAAAGCAAAAGCUAGGCCAAGUGUGUAG